ACACUACCCAAUCGACUGACAGAAGAAGUCAUCAUGGAACUCGAGACAGCAGUGAACCUCAACAUCCCCAUUGAGGCACACCUCCUCCGGGGCUGCUGUCGUGAGGCUGACAGGUGCGAGAUUGUGGCCAUGGGUCUCGAUCAACUACGAAUAGCACUCCCCGAGUCCUUCCACGGCCAUCUCAUUGCCCUCACCGGGGAGAUACGAAGCUCGUGCCGUCUUCUACGUGACCUCGCCGACCGAUCCCAGGUGCACUUCUCGCGUGUCCCCAUCGUUGCCAACUACCUCAACGUCGUGCUCCCUUGCCUGUCUCGGACCCUGAAAGAUAUCAUCGGUUACUAUGAGGAGAAAACCAUUUCGAGAGAAAUGAGAUGGCGAAAGAUGUACAAUAAAAUGACGGAAGAAGCCUCUGGGCUCCCACUUCCACAAAGAUUUGUCCUUUACAAUCACUUCCUAUCGUUGCUGAAGCAGCUGUUGACGAGGUCGCCGAGCUUUGAGCUCAACACUCUUGAAACCCUCCGCACUCGAAUUUUGAAGCUGCGGGAACAGAGAGGAAUCGCGCCACCUCCGAUGCAGAUUGGGACCCUGGUGCGGCAAGAGCUCAUGCCACUAGCAAUCAUGCAAGACGCCAACGCACACUGGGCGGAGCAGAUAUUCUCCCUACCGCUGCCGUCUCGAACGGCCCUGAAACAUUUAAGACCCUCCAAGUCGUAUGGACCCUUCUACCCCUGGGGCCAUUUCACUAUUCCGUCAGAGUCCAAAAUUCUAUUCCGGAGGCCAUUUGAUGAGGACAGGAUCUCAAUCGUUGUCUACUUGAAUUCGGUCGACCAAUCACCUUACUUGCUCAUGAGAACCAUGCAGGGCGAUAUUCCCUGGUUCUCGCUGUUUGGUGCUCACGAGCUCUGUAUCAACCGGGAAGGAAGUGCACUGCAGCUCAAACGAUGGAGCCGGUCAGAACAAUGCAGCAAACUCUGGGCUGCUCUAUAUUUCCUGACAUGGGAAGAAAUGGUGUUGUUUUACUGUACGUUUGUGGCGCUGAAGGCACGCAAUAUGUUGACGGUGCAAAUACAUCCCAAUGAAUUUGGACUUCAGAGAGAGAAACGUCUCUUUCAAGCGCAAAUUAUUGAUGACGGCUUCAAACACUCCCUCAUUGUGUACGAAGACAUUCAAACACGAGGCCUACGCCUCCAUGCAGCGGUAUGGGAAGGGGAGUUGAGACAAUGUCCCGUAUGGACAGCCUUUGUCACACACCAGUCCCAGUCGCGGACCUGGCUCAGCCGUCGCUCCAAGCACCGUGUGUGGCUGAAGGAUGUUCAGUUAUAUGUCUUCUGUAGCGCAUACCGGCAGGAAAAUAUGCGACAGAACAAGUCUGGUGCAUUUGAGAUUUAUUUUGAUCGCGAGGAAGGAGCAAAAAGGUUCAGAGAAGUCUUUGCAUUGAGAAUGGCAAACGUCGAGUCGUCCGAGGAGGUUGAUAACGACGAUGCAGGGCCUUCUUAG